GCAGCGCCGGCUGAGGGCGAGCGCGGGAAACCGCGCCCCGAGCGUGAGGGCGGGCGGCUCCUUCAGCUCCCUUCCUCUCACCUCACAUUCUCCUUCAGUUUUUCCUCGGUUAUCUCUCGACCCACCCACACCCCGCCUCGCCCUCACCGCCGAGGUUUUGCUGCCCUCCGCCCCGCGCUACUCUGCAGUAUUCUGUCUUCGCGCUUUCAUCCUCCGCUUGCCUCAGUUUCCCUGGAGGGGGCAGCCUCAGGGGAGGCCUGUGCUGCUGUGAAUAUCAAGAAUCUGAUACUGGGGAUGAUUAGAAGAACUGUCCUGCUCUGUUUCCUGAACAUUACAGGCACAGGAGUCUCUGCGGCAUGGCAACUGCUCAGAAGCAAAGGAAUUCUGUGAGUGCAGUUGUAUUUCCCAAGAAAAUAGCCACGGAGCAGCAAUCCCUGAUGCUGGUGAAGAGGCUCCUGGCAGUGGCAGUGUCCUGCAUCACGUACCUGAGGGGAAUCUUUCCUGAAAGUGCCUAUGGAACAAGAUACAUGGAUGAUGUCUGUGUCAAAAUUCUGCGGGAAGACAAAAACUGUCCUGGCUCUACCCAGCUGGUGAAAUGGAUGUUAGGAUGCUAUGAUGCCUUGCAGAAGAAAUACCUGAGACAGAUUGUCCUAGCAGUCUACACUCAGCAAGAAGAUCCUCAGACAGUCACAGAGUGUUACCACUUCAAGUUCAAGUACACCCACAAAGGGCCGCUCCUGGAUUUUGGCAGCAAGGAUAAGAAGUCAGACUCCACCAUCACCUGUGCAGACACCAAGAAGGCCAGCAUCCUCCUCAUCCGCAAGAUCUACGUCCUGAUGCAGAACCUGAGCCCGCUGCCCAGCGACGUCUGCCUCACCAUGAAACUCCUGUAUUAUGAUGAGGUUACACCCCCUGAUUACCAACCUCCAGGGUUCAGGGAGGCCAAGUACGGGGGGAUGAUGUUUAAUGAGGAGCCCAUGUACCUGAAUGUGGGGGAAGUGCCAACGCCUUUUCAUAUGCUGAAACUGAGAAUUACAACUGAGAAACAGCGCAUGGAGAAUGUUGAUAAGAACAUCCUAAAGCAGGGAGAGACUGCUGAGCCUCUCCAGGUGUGUGGAGCGAGCGGAGAUGAUCCAGAAGAGGAGAGCCAGGACAUGGAUGAAGAUCCUGUCUUGGAUAAUGAAGUGGAAGAUAAGAAUCAUAUGAAUAUUUCAGAAGCUCAAGAAAAAAUUUCAGCUCAUGAAGAGGAAGCUGGAGGGAUCCAGACUCCCCGUGUUUCUAAUCCUCAGGUUGAUCAUUUGACUCGUAAAACAUCUGAGCUGAUUGUGUCAGAGAGCAGGACAAGAAGUGGAAAGAUAUUCCAAAGCUGCAUUGUUCAGCAGGCUGAGCUCUCCUCCAGCCAGGACGUGCUGCCCAAAAGGAGGAAGCUCAGCGAGCCCAAGGAGCCGUUUUAGCCGCCCAUCUCUCGUCUGCCCGGAGUUCUCUGCUUCCAUUCGGUUGUUCUGUGUCACUGUUGGGUUUUAAGGAUCAGUUCUGCUCCAUUAGCAGUCCCACGGGAGUGUGUUUUAGGGAAAGAAAAUGCCAGGAAGUCCAGCUGAGGAAUUCUGAACUCAUUUUGUACAGGACCAGCAGGCAGGACCAGAAAUCCUUGGAUCUGGGGAUUGACUCUGGUUCUGGGUACGUCCGGGUCCUGCUGGUGAUGGAGGAAAUUCAUUCCCCCCGCACAAGGUUUCACCAGUGCCUUUGGGCUGUGGUUCUGAGCUGAGGAACUCACCCAGAACCUGCCUGCCCCAACACCUCUCCAGUUUUGGGGUGAUUUCCAGAGCUUUCCAGAGGGCUGGGCUGUCAGUUACAGGGUGUUACAGUUUUGGGGUUACAGUUUUUGCUUUUCAGUUGGAGGAGUUGGAUGCUUUGCAUUUCUUCCACACCAAAAGCACCAUACUCAGGUGAAAAACAAGCCCUCUUCGUGCCUUAAAUUCCAGAUUCCCUGCCAGAAUGCAGGAAUUUCUGAUGCCGCCUACCCAUGCCACAAAGAGCCGUGGCAGCGUCUGUUCCAAGGUGUGGGGGUAUUGGGAGAACCUGGAUGUCCCUAAAACGAUUUAUGGCAGAGGCUGGACACGGUGCCAAGUCCUUCAACAGCAAACCGUUAGUUUUCGGGUGCCGUGAGGGAAUGGGAGUGAAGCCGUUCCCGCCGGCGCGGGCGGGGACAGCUGAACAUUUCUUGACAGUUUUGACUUUUAAAUUACGAAUGUCUGUUCAUCAUCAGUCCUCUAUUAAACGGCGCUCACCCGUG